AUGGUGGUGGUGCUUCUUUAUGUGGAUGAUAUAAUCUUGAUGUGUAGUAACUAUGAUGAGGUUGCUCGUCUACAAGAUGAGCUAUCGCUUCUCUUUGAGAUGAAGAAGCUUGGUGAACUUGGAACUUUCCUUGGUUUACAAAUCGAAAGUUUUGAGAAAGGUUUAUUUGUAUCGCAGAUCAACUACGCAAAGAAGUUGGUAGAAAACUUUGGUACGAUUCAUGGAAAAAACAGCUAUACUCCUCUCGACGUAAAUCUUAGACUCAGUCGAGACAAAGGAACAUGUCUACCAGAUCCUCGUCCUUAUCGUGCUCUUAUGGGAAGUCUGAUUUAUCUAACUAUAACAAUGUCUGACAUUGCUUAUGCAGUUGGAGUGGUGAGUCGAUACAUGCAGGAGCCAAGGAAAUCACACCUCGAAGAAGCGAAGAAAAUUUUGAAGUAUAUUAAUACAUCACUAGAUAUUGGUCUAUUAUACGAAAAAGAUGCAAAAUUUGUCUUGCAAAGAUAUGCACAUGCUGACUUUGUUGGAGAUCGAGACGAUCGAAGGUCCACAUCUGGGUUUGUUUUUCUUUGUGGAAACACUAGAAUAUCUUGGAGUAGUAGGAAAUAA